GGGGCGGGGCGAGAGGAAGCCGGUGAGCCUGGGGAAGCGAACCGGCGCCACUGACCGGCCGGAGCUCGCGGGCACCGGAAGUUGUUCUCCUGAGAGAGACAGAACAGCGCGGAAGUCACUAUGUCGACCAACACAGAUAUUUCUGUUUCUUCAUAUGACGAAGAUCAGGGAUCUAAACUUAUUCGCAAAGCUAAAGAGGCACCAUUUGUCCCCAUAGGCAUGGCAGGUUUUGCAGCAAUUGUUGCCUAUGGAUUAUACAAAUUGAAGAGCAGAGGCAAUACUAAAAUGUCUGUUCACCUGAUCCACAUGCGUGUGGCUGCCCAAGGCUUUGUUGUUGGAGCAAUGACUCUUGGUAUGGGCUAUUCCAUGUAUCAGGAAUACUGGUCAAAACCUAAACCUUAGAAGAAAUGCUGUCUUUGUCUUGGGUGGUACUUGUUUAGUUAGAUAUCUCAUAUUGAGAUUAUAUUUUUGGUUGAAAAUAAAUUAUUCAAAUCAGACAAUAACAUGGUAA